ACCUCAUGUACUCAUCUUCCCCUUUCCAGCACAAGGCCAUAUCAACUCUAUGCUAAAAUUAGCUGAGAUUCUCUGCCUAUCGGGGAUUAACGUGACGUUCAUCAACACCCAACAGAAUCACUCACGGCAACUUAGUUUUGGAAAUCUUCACUCUCGUUUCAGGAAAUUUCCAGGAUUCUGUUUCGAAACCGUUCCUGACGGUUUUUUCUGACGAUCCACAUCACUCUGCUGGUUCCCGCAGUUCUCAUGACUUGGUUACAGAUAUGUUUAGUCGGGUGGAAACUGUUAUCAGACCGGGUUUUCAAGAAUUACUUACUUCAGAACGCUUCAAAUCUGACGCUCGGGGUCCAGUUUCUUGUAUUAUAGCUGAUAGUGUUUUGGGUUUUGCAAUUGAUGUUGCUGCAGCGCGGGGAAUUCCAUCCAUUUCUUUCCGUACCAUUAGUGCCUGUUGCACCUGGAUCUAUUUCUGUUCCCCGAAACUCGUAGAAAAUGGUGACAUACCAUUUAAAGACGAAGAUAUGGAUCGACUAGUAAGGAGUGUGCCGGAGAUGGAAAGCUUUCUCCGGUGUAGAGAUCUUCCAAGUUUCUAUAGAGCUAAAGAAGUUAACCAUCCUAAUCUUGAAUUUGUCAAGGCUGCAAAUUCAUAUUCAAUCAAAGCCACGGCUCACAUACUUAAUACAUUUGAAGGUAUCGACGCUCUAAUUCUUCCGCACUUGAGAUCUUACUGCCCGAACCUAUACACAGUUGGACCUCUUAAUGCUCUGUUGAAUACCCUAAGAAGUACUACUACUAGAUCUUCUUAUUCAUCACCUGUUUCCUCGAAUGCUAGUUUGUAUGCGGAGGAUAGAAGUUGCAUGGCAUGGCUCGAUAAACAGCCAGACAAGUCUGCGGUGUAUGUAAGCUUUGGUAGCAUAGCGACGGUAACCCGGGAUCAAUGGUUAGAGAUUUGGUAUGGACUAGUCAAUAGCAGUCAUAGAUUCUUGUGGGUUAGACGCCCGGAUUCGCUGCUUUCCAAAGAUGACGAGGUGAGUGGGAUACAGGCGGAGCUGAUAGAGGCAACAAAAGAGAGGGGUUACACGGUGGAUUGGGCACCGCAAGAGGAGGUGUUGAAUCAUCCAGCUAUUGGUGGAUUUUUUACGCACAGCGGAUGGAAUUCGAUUCUGGAAAGCAUGGUUGCUGGAGUACCCAUGGUUUGCUGGCCACAUUUGGCGGAUCAACAGAUAAAUAGCAGGUAUGUGAGUGAGGUAUGGAAAAUUGGAAUGGACAUGAAAGAUAAUUGUAACAGAGUAACAGUGGAGAAGUUGAUUAGGGAAAUGAUGGGUGAUAAGAGAGAGGAGUUGAUGAAAUCAAUGGCGAAGGUUACAGAAAUGGCACGAAAGAGUGCUACUCGUGAUGGGUCAUCUUACCGCAAUUAUGAAGCUUUGGUGGAAUUCAUAAGAAAGUCGUGCUAAAACUUUAGAGAAGCUUAAUUAGUUGAUUCCUAGAGGCCAUUUUAGAUAGGCUUUCGGCAAUCCUGCUUAGUCCUCUUUACAUAUUAAUUGCAUGACUCAUGAAACUAUAGCCUUUGAUUAACCAUAAAAGAUCUGAAACAUCUUUUUCAUUUUAAUCAAUCUAUAUAAAGUUGCUCAAUUUCUUACUAA